AUGAUUUCGCAUCCCUUUCCUGAAAGAAUCCUACAAACACCUUUGCACCAACUCCCUUAUAUUGUGAGUCAAAUCAAUAGUCAAAUUCACAAAACCUCCCAUGAUAUGACUAAAUACUUGGAAGAGAACAUUAAUGUGUGUAUGGAGUAGCACAAUAAGAAAAUUCAACUUCGUAAGUAAAUCAAUAGCACCAAUGAAUAAUAUAAAAUAUUGGAAAAUAUUGGAGUAUAAUUAUAGAUGGCUAUUGCCAAUUUGAAAGGAGAAAUUAUUGAAUAAGAAAAUGAAUCCUAAGAUAAUGAGGAAAAGAUAAUGAAUGCCAUAAAAAACUAGAAUUAUGAUGAAAUGAUUAAAUUGUUUCAAACCAUCAAAGAUGAAACUCUUUUAAUAAAAUCUGCUAAGAUUGCUGCAAAUUUAUUGUCUACUCCAACAAAAAAUUUUAAGAAUAAAAUCAAAUAAUUCCUAGAGCUUAUUGCAAACCAUCAACUUAUUCCUUAAAAUCAAAAGGAUGAAAUUAUUGAAAUUUGUGUAAGGGUUAGCAUUUAAAAAUGCUUUAAAAUGUAUUUUCAAUAAAAUGUAUGGAAUACAAACAAAAACUAAGCAACAUAUUAUUCAGAUAUCAUAUAACUUUAUUAAAAAAGUUUUAAUUGUACUUUUAAACUUUUAUCGGUCUUUAAUCUGCCUAAUUAUCAUUAAGCUCACAUUGCCAACAACAUUUUCCAAAAAUUUAAUUAAAAUGUUUUAAAUCAUCUAGUUACUCAUGAUAAUAGAGAAAAAUCUAUUUCCGUCAUUUUAAACUUUAAGGAAGUUUCAUAAAAUAACUUAUUCUAUCACUUGACCAAUAUCUAUUGUAAAACUCACUUAAUUCCCAUAAUGAAACAGGAAUUACAAAAGAAGACUCUCAUACUCAUAAUUAGAAAUCUUAAAGUUAAGCAAGAUCAAAAUCUUUUGAUGGUUCUGAAUAAAAAAGAUCCAUAACAGUUAUUAGAAUGGUGCAAAUAGAGUAAACUAAUUAAUUACAAUUGUAACUUAUAUUAAGCCCUAUUCGAUAGUGAAAUGUAAUUAUAAUUAGACAUAUAUAUUUGA